AUGGGACCUAAAAAGGAGGCAAAGAAAAAUGAAGCUGAAUUAACGGCUGAAAGAUAAGCAGAAAGAUAAGCAGAGAAUUAAGAAAAUAGUAAAUUCAUGAUGAUAUUGAUUAGUAUGUGAAGAUGAAAUUUAAAUUACAUCUAUAAUAUUAUAAGAAACAAUUAUCUGAUGUAUAAUUAUAGAAAUUUGGACCAGGAAGUCUAUUCGAAUGUUUAUUAGAUUAAUGAGAAGCUAAAUCUACUUAUUUUAUUAAUUCUUAAAUUCCACCUAGUUUUGAAGAAUUCGAAGAUUCUGAUCAAGUUAAUAAAAUUUUGGUUAGCUUUAGAUAGAAUUUAUAUGGAAAGAAAAAAUAGGAAUAAAUUAAGAUAGAAAUUCAAGCUGUAUUUUAUGAUUCAUAAUUCAUUAUGACAUAUUUACCAGAUGAUGAUGCACUUAUGAUAUAUUGCUAUUAUAAAAAUUCUACUUGUAUAACUUUAAGGAAAUAAUGGUCAGCUGAAUGGAGAGUUUUACCAAAUCGUGAAUAUUUUAUUUAAAUAAGGAAUUUCAAAAGCUAUUAUUUUUAUGAUGUUGAUUAUUAAAAGAUUGGAUCCAUCAUUACUGAAAGAUGCAAAAUUAUGUAUCCAUCUAAUAAUUCAUUAGUAUUUGUUAGUAAGUUUACAGUUGGAGAUAAGAAGCGUCUUUGUGCUUGGGUGAUUAAAAAGAAUGUAGUAAUCGGUAUUUAAUUUUGAUUUUAUGCAUAAUUAAAAGAAUUGAGAAAGAGUGCGUAAGAUAAAAUAAUGAAUUUGACAUUUAAAAGUAGUUUAUAUUUACGAUUUACAUAAAUGGGAGAAGUAAUUUAGUAAAAUCCUACCAAAACCAAGAUGGUUCAGAGUAAACAUAAAAUUAAUUCAAUCAUUAUGGUAAUACAGGUAUAGUGACUGAAUUGAUAAUUAAAGGGUCCUUAAAAAUAAUAAUUUAAUUCUUUUUUCUAUAUAAAAUUGGAUUAUAAUUUACUCUAUCAGUUCUAAGUAGGAAACAAAAAGAGUCGUAACUAAUUAAGGAACAGUAUUUAUAUAUAAAAAGGAUGGUUCAAUAAUAGUAUUAUUUUCUAAUGGUAAUGUUUCAGAAUAUAAAAAUCACAUAUAGAUAGUCACCAAAAGGAGUUGAAAAAAUACUUUGUGUAAUCAAAACAGAUCCCGAAAGUGAAUCCAAAGUUUAUAUACGAGAUGAUCAAACCCCUAAUUAUUUACGAUAAAGAUGGCCACUCAUACACAUAACAUUAAGAUGUAACUAUCAUGUUAAUAAUAGGAGAUAAAAUUAUUUUUGAGCAUCCCAAUUUUGCUAGUGUAAUUGUUACAAUUGAUAAAACUAAACAAAGAUAUGGACCUAUUAUCAGAAAACAAAAUUUUUAGUUAGUUUAAUUUACUGUAACAAAUUUGAAAGAUCUAAUGAUAGUAGAGUUGUUGAGUCAUUUUACUUUAGAUUAAAAUCUGAAAAUCCUUUAUGCACUAAAUUAUAUGAAGAAUUAUCUAAUAAUAUCAAGUCUAUCUCAUUCAUUAUUGAAUUGA